AUGGCGUCCCCAAUCUCCCUCGCCCUGUCCAACCCAGACGACGACAAGUCGCUGGUUCUGAUCGCAAACACUCUCCAGGACUUCGUCAACGGCAUCGUGGCCGCCGCCGCGGCCGCGCAGGACAUCGACAAGGUCAUCGUCGACGAGUGCCAGGCGGAUGACCCGCAGCCGUCGGGAUGGCAGAAAUACCUCUGGAACUGCAUCGGCAAGGCCGCCAUGGAGAUACCCGCCGACCAUCCGGGACAGGACCGCCUCGUCCGCCUCUUGCAGGAGCUUCAGCGCCUUCCACGACACGGGGUGCCGGAGAAAGUAGGCGAUGAGAUCUUCCAGAAGGAGCUCUGGGUCCUCACUCCCGAGAACAAGUACGACGGCCUGGAGCAAUGGCUCUGGGAGCUCGAUCAAGGCUCAUUCACGGGCACGCAGCAGGUUGAGAGCUCUGAAGCAGCUGCCACAUCUUACGUCAACUUCUCAGCCUUUCUUGCACGCCUUCUCCACAGCGAGGUUGUCGAGGCCACGCGUCUCUGUGCUCUCAUCAGGCCCUCGCCCUUCGCGACCGGCAACCCGCUCACGAGCACGGCGUAUCCUGACGCCUCUGAGGCUGCGCAGCACUACGAGCCGUGGGCUGUGGCGGCCGGGCAGUGGAUCCUGCACGCGGCGGAGGUGCUCUAUGAGAUGGGCGAGAAAGAGACGCUCACGGAGAUUGGUAGGCAGAAGUGGACGCCGGCGCUCUGGAACGGGUGGAAGUCCCGAUUCACUGCCGUGGCAAACGCGGAGGAGUUCAGCAGCAAGGCCCGCGAGGUCGCCUCUAAGGCGCUGGAGAAGAUGGCGGAGGUGGAGAGGGAGGGAGUCACGACGAAUGUGGUUGACACCUUUGGCUUCAUCUCCUUGAAGGAGUAA